UUUUAUUUUAGUAAGGUGAGAUAAAUACAAAAUUUAAGGCUUAUAACAAUUUAUUUUGAUCUAAUGACUAAGAUCAUUUUGGUUCUCAUUUUAAAAGUUCUCAUUAUAGUUGUCACCAAUAAAUAUCACAAAAUGAAAUUUAUAAGUUAUAACUUAAUUAGUUUACAAAUUAACAAUAAACAAGACCAAGAGAUUUUAUGGCAGAGGACGACGACGAUGAAAGUUUGAUCGGGGAUUGACACACUAAAAAAGUUUGUUUUAAGGAUUUGGACUCAGAUAUAGACAAUGCUAUGGCUAUGGGCUCAUUUCCAGCGCUGGAAAUGUCUUGGAUGGAAAAAGUUUUGGGUCAAGGGGCUUCUGGAUCUGGUAACAAUGAGGAUUUUGAGUUUAAAAAAUGAGAUUUCGUGAGGACUACUGUUAAUGGAAUACCUACAAUUAGUUUCUCUGAGAGGGUUCAACAAAUUCUGGUUAGAGAUAUGGUGACCACGGUGGUGGUAAAAUUACCGGGCCGAAACUUAUUGCAUACACUCUUGCAGAAUAUGAUCCAUUCCCUUUGGAAACCCUCCCAACAGUUCCAUCUCAUGGAUGUGGAAAAUGGAUAUUUCCUAGUAAAAUUUCAAAGUUGAGAGGAUUACGAGAAGGUGCUUACCCAAAGGCUGUGGAUUGUGCUCGGUCAGUAUCUCACGGUGCAAUCGUGGACUCCGAAGUUUAACCCCCUCCAGGCUUUCCCCAACAGCAUAAUGGUUUGGGUUCGGUUUCUUGGUUUGCUAGGAUUUCUCUACAAACGUCGAAUCUUGGAGGAAAUCGAGGGCUUGGUAGGUGUUGUAGCUAAGCUUGAUUUAUAGACGGACAAGGGUUCGAGGGGGAAAUUUUCUAGGAUGGCAGUGUAUAUCGAUCUAGGAAAACCUCUGGUCUCUUAAAUCCUGGUUAACGGGGUGGUGCAGAGGAUUGAGUUUGAAUCGUUAUCGUUUGUUUACUUUUCAUGUGGUCGGUUUGGUCACAUGAAAGACCCGUGCCUUGGCAUUGGGUCAACAAAGGAUACUGAUGUGGGUAAGGAGUUGACGGCGAGUGACUCACCGGAAAAAGAUAAGGUGGUGGAGCUGACGGAAUCCUUUGGGACAUGGAUGCUUGUCGAUAGAAAGUCACGGUGCAACUCAAUUGCUCGUCAAAGCCUUGUCACGAGAGUGACUGAGAAUGGAGCUUUGAAUCUGACUGGAACAAAAAUGACCGAGAAUGGCGUGGUGGCGACGAAUUUAUUGGAGGUGAGAUUUCAAAAGGGGGAAAUAUUAAAAGUUAAAGGUCAAGGAAAUAUGCUUAGGGAAAAAAUGAAUGAUGGGUCAGUGGCAAAGGAUUUUAAUGCUUUUAGCGUUUUGAGGCAUGAUAAUUUGGCUGGGCUAGGGACUUGGAAUGGGGUUGAUUGUUUGGUGGAUAUUGGGCCUGGUUUGAGAGACAUUGGCAAACAAAAUGGACCAACGCUUGAUUACCCAAAUUUGGGGAUUGAGGCUUCUGGGAAUUUUAAAAACUCCGUUUCUAUUGGGCUUGACCAACCAGCUCCAAGGGGCGAGGGUUUGGAGUUAUCAAUUAUCUUGGGGAAUUUUAUGGUGUUGCAGGGGGAUGAUACGGAGCUUGUUUCCCAUUCGGAGGUGUCAGCUACUUAGGAAGGACCGACCCUUUAAGGUAUUACUGCCUAUUUAACCCAACUUUUGAUGGUCUGGUAGAGUCGGUCGUGGAACUUAAUAAUGAGGUCAUUGAUCUUAUGAGACACUCAGCUGUUACCUUCAAGGAGAAUGAGGUACCUUAGCAUGGCAAGCCUAAUAGAGUUGUUGAUUUGAUUGGGAGAGGUAAAGGGAUCCUGGUUUCGAAAUAUAGGGGGUCAAGGGUUAAGGGUGGUACUGUUUGAAGUGGUAGUGCUACCAGUAAGAUAAUUUGAGAACGUGGGAGUGUUUUAAGAAUUGUGGUAGUUCGAGGGUUCUGUUGUCAAACAGUAUGAAUUCCAUGGCCAAACUUAUCAGUUCACAAAUUAAUAGUGAGGUUGAGAAGGGGAGUUUGAAUUGCGAUGGGAAAUGUCAUGAAGGUAGUUGUUAGUCAGGAUUUACGGUCAAGACGAGAGCUAAAUAUACUUAUCCGGGCCAAAAUUGAUGCCUAUGUCGCGACAUCAAUAUACUGAUGUCUCAACGUCGAAGAUAGAAGCUAAAAACAAGUUUUGGAGAAAAACUACCCUCGAUGUCAAGACACGACCCUUGUGUCACAACAUACCCUUUGUGGUUGGUUGCAACAUUGCAUGCCUGUAUUGUAACCAAGCCCUUGCGCAGCCCAAAAAAUUCAUGCACAUUUUAAUUACAUUUUUAGGGAAAUUAGGAGUAUCUGUCCUAGUGGAACUCCAAAGGCUUCAAGAAUAUUUUUGGCACUUUAAUAUUCCAAUUUUAGCCUAAGGCCAUUGUAAUAUGUUUAAGCGCACAAUUUGAGGGUUUUGAUUCUUAGGUUUUUUUUUCAUUCUUAGUCUUUACUUAGAUUAUAUUAUGUUCUUAUAAUCGAAAGAUCCUAUUCCAAAGUGAGACUUAUGCGAGUAGAGAUUAUACUGGAGCUAUGCUUUCAUCGAUAAAUCUAUGAGCAUCUAUUUUCUUUA